AUGCCGUCAAUGUUCUUCUGUAUGGGACCCUUCUGCAUGUUUUCCAACAAAGGGAACAGAGUUGGAAUGUUGACUUAUGCACCAGAGACAAACAUGGCCGUGAGUACCUCUGAAGAAUUGGAACCAGAAUUCGAGCAUGUAUUCUUCAAUCUCUCAGAAAACGAGAAAUACGCCAAGGGUCAAAAAAUCUUAGCCGGUGUGUCGAAAUACAUUCCUAAAUUGAAACAAGCCAAAGUGACAAAGGUAAAGCUUGGCAUUAUCCAAACAUUCGUGGAUGAAGAUACAAUAGAUUUCGGUUUCAAAGUUGGAAACUUGGAUUUGUAGCACGACCCACAUGUUGGAGGUAUUUACAAGAGAAAUUACAGUGGAGUGGAGGAACCUCGGUCUGGAUAUAUAAUCAAUGCAUGUAUGAAGCUAUUGUAUUGUUUUGAUAACGCCGAGAUCGUGAAGGACCUGAUUUUAUCGAAAUCUGCAGAAGGUUCUCGCACUGAAAGCAAUUAA